GAAACCCUCCCAUAGAGGUGAGAGCGCAGAUGUCACGAGAAACGCGGCCACACGUCCAGAGCACAGCGACCGACCUCAGCCCGCCUUCCUGCGCCCCAGUCCGGGAUGCUGUUUUAGCGCAGACACGCUUUGCACUCAGGGCAGCCGCUGCCGGGGGACGCUGACGCAGAUCAUCCACGCUCCUUUUGUCGCCGCGGUGUUAUUUUGAACCAGGGAUCUUUGCCACCCCACAAAAGCAAAGCAAAGCACAGCAGCCACCCUGUUUUAAGUGUUUAUUUUUGGUUCUUCAUGACUGCUGCUUUGGGAAGCGAGUCUCAGCACCAGCUCCAGCAGCGCCAACACGAUGCGAGCCCAAAUCGAAGUCAUACCAUGCAAAAUCUGUGGAGACAAAUCAUCAGGUAUCCACUAUGGAGUCAUUACGUGUGAAGGCUGUAAGGGUUUCUUCAGACGGAGUCAGCAGAAUAAUGCCUCCUACUCCUGCCCCCGACAGAGGAACUGCCUCAUCGACAGAACGAACCGCAACCGUUGCCAACACUGCCGACUGCAGAAAUGUCUCGCUCUAGGAAUGUCCAGAGAUGCUGUCAAGUUUGGUCGCAUGUCCAAAAAGCAACGUGACAGCCUGUAUGCAGAGGUCCAGAAGCACCAGGCCCGGCUGCAGGAGCAGCGGCAACAGCAAACUGGAGAAGCUGAGGCUCUGGCCCGGGUUUAUUCAUCCAGCCUAACCAAUGGACUGUCCACCCUCAAUCAUGAAAUUGGGGGCACCUAUGCCAACGGUCACGUCAUAGAGCUACCAAAAGGUGGCCACGUCAAUGGAGGUGGAGUCCCUGGGGGCUACUAUGGGAUGGAUUCCACCCAGCCGUCUCCAGACCAGUCAGGUUUGGACAUGUCAGGCAUGAAGCACAUUAAGCAGGAGCCAGUUUACGACUUGACGCCGGUGCCAAACCUGUUCAGCUAUGGAGGCUACCAGGAGAGCCAGUUUGGACCACAUAAUGUCAGCAUUGGAGAGCUUGACCGCAUCGCUCAGAAUAUCAUCAAGUCACACUUGGAAACAUGUCAGUACACAACAGAGGAGCUACAGCAGCUCGCCUGGCAGACACACUCCUAUGAAGAGGUCAAGAUGUACCAGAGCAAGCCCAGGGAUGUGCUGUGGCAGCAGUGUGCCAUCCAGAUAACCCACGCCAUCCAGUACGUGGUGGAGUUCGCCAAGCGCAUCUCAGGGUUCAUGGAGCUUUGCCAGAAUGACCAGAUCCUGCUCCUCAAGUCAGGUUGCUUGGAGGUGGUCUUGGUACGGAUGUGUAGAGCCUUCAACCCUCUUAACAACACUGUUCUCUUUGAGGGGAAGUAUGGAGGCAUGCAGAUGUUCAAAUCUCUAGGUUGUGACGAGUUAGUGAGUGCAGUGUUCGACUUUGCCAAGAGUUUGUGUUCACUGCAGCUAACGGAGGAGGAGAUUGCUCUGUUCUCAGCAGCUGUACUAAUUUCCACAGAUCGGCCAUGGCUGAUGGAGCCUCGAAAAGUCCAGAAGCUCCAAGAGAAGAUCUACUUUGCUUUGCAGCAUAUUAUGCAGAAGAACCACAUGGAUGAAGAUGCACUAGCCAAGCUGAUCAGCCGGAUCCCGACACUAUCUGCCCUGUGUACACUCCACACUGAGGAGCUUCAGGCAUUCCAGCAACUCCACCCAGAAACCGUCAACGUUCUCUUCCCUCCGCUCUACAAGGAACUGUUUAACCCCGACCCAAACUCUGCCAUGGCCAUGCCUAAGUGACCGCCCUGCGGUCCAAAUGCAAUGAACAGUUGAAGAAAACGGACCAAGAAAAUGUGUCAGCUGUUAUCUGACAAGACACUCUCGGCCAUUCUGGCAACUACAGAUGUUUUUGGAGCUCUCCCAGGCUCCUUCCAGGCUGGUGGGUGAGGAUUCAUCAGCUAGAAACUUAAGAGUUACUAUACCAACAAUACUAGGAAUGUCCUGCACUUAUCCCAUCCUGUUCACCGAUACAGUCUGAAGAAUGUAUAUACAAGUGAAGCGUGCCCCAAGCCACAACCUCAGAGGGGGUUCCAGGUGUCUCCGGAAACGAACUGACCAGAAAUGUACAGACUUUAAUGACAACUACAAACAAUUUUAAGCAGUCAAACUUUUUUUGUU